GGUUUAGUGUUGUUUUUUCGUUAGUAAACAAAACAAGUUUAAAAGAUUUUAAAAUGCUUGUGAUAUUUGUGAUGAUUUAAAAGCGUUUUAAUAAAAUAAAUGCAAAAUGGGUGUUAAAGACUUGUGGAAUAUUAUUUCACCGUCUUGCGAUAGAAAGCCAUUAUAUGAACUUCAGGGAAAAGUCGUUGCAAUUGAUUUAAGUGGUUGGGUUGUUGAUUCUCAAACUAUUGUUGACAAUGUUAUUCAACCGAAAAUGCACCUUAGGAAUCUCUUUUUCCGAACUGCCUUUUUGCUGAUGAAUGAUGUGUAUCCUGUUUUUGUAUUAGAAGGAACAGCGCCCAGUUUAAAACAUAAAACAUUAGCAAAGAGAAAUGAAAUUCGAAAUGGUCCUACACAGAAAAAAUCGAACAGAAAAGGUGGACGAGGUAAUUUUAAUAAAAUUCUCAAAGAGUGCGAAAGUAUGCUAAAAUAUAUGGGAAUAUCGUGUAUUCGUGGACAAGGCGAAGCUGAAGCGAUGUGUGCCUUACUAAAUGCAGAAGGGCUUGUAGACGGUUGUAUUAGUCAAGACAGCGAUUGUUUUCUCUAUGGAGCAAAAGUUGUUUAUAGAAAUUUUUGCACAAGUGCUCAAGGAAAAGGUGGAGCUACUGGUGGAUCUAUUGACGAGUAUUCUAUUGAAAAAAUCCAACGACUUUUCGAUCUAGGAAGAAAUAAAAUGAUAGCACUGGCUCUACUUUGUGGCUGUGAUUACGAUGAUGGAAUAAAUGGCGUUGGCAAGGAAGCGGCUCUCAAACUGUUUAAAGUUGUAAACGAAACUAAUAUAAUAGAAAGAAUGAAGAGUUGGAAAACUGAUUAUUUAUUUACAAGAAUGGAAACUGAAUUGGCAAAUCCGAAUAUAUGUACAACAUGUGGGCAUAAUGGAAAAAUGAGAUCACAUCUUAAGUCCGGAUGUGGCGACUGUGGAACUUUGACAAAAUGCAAUGAUGGUUAUAAAGAGAAGAGAGUUUUAAUUUCGAAUGAACUCUCAAUAAGGAAGAAAACCCUUCUUGUUGACAACUUUCCAAGUGAAGAACUAAUUAACGAAUUUUUGCAACAUAAAGAUACAGUGCCUACAAAUCUAAAUAUGAAGUGGAAAAUACCCGAUGUUCACAAAUUUGUAACAUUUAUGGAAAUGUACGUACUCUGGGAACCAGAAUACGCCUACGCGAAAAUUCUACCUUUAUUGACGCGUUGGCAGGUGCGAAAUCUAGCAGAAAUACCCGACGAUAAACGUUUAACAAUGCGAAAUUUAUUAAUUCCUGAGAGAAUAAAGAAACCGCGUAAUAUUAAGGGAAUAGCGACUUACGAAAUUGUGUGGGAAGACAAGGAAGGUAUUUUUAAAGGAAUGACAUUGCCUUCCACUUCUGAUAAUGAGGAUGACACUCCAGAAGAUGUUCCAGCAACACCCGCAGAACUUGCAACUCUAGAACCGCAGAAUUUAUUUCAAAAAUGUUAUCCACAAUUGGUCGAGGAUUUUGAAAGUGCAAAAUUAGCGAAGAAGAAGAAACCAGCAAAACCAAGAGCGAAGAAAGUUAAAGCCACUGAAGAUGCAACAGGAGAGAAAGCAGAAGAGAAGAAAAAAGCACAAAGACGUCCUAGAAAACCAAAAGCAACUGAAGUUGCAAAGAACAGAAAAAUGGAUGAAUUUAUGAAAGCAAACAUUCAAGAACUUGAAGAUUCUUUCGACGCAUUGACUAUCACUCCAAAACGAAAGAAAAAGAGUCACGAUGCCGUUGAGUGUGAAAUAAAAUCCCAGCUGAAUAAUAGUAAAAUUAAUAGUCCCCCAUUGACUAUUGAUCUGGAUGCCGAACGAUUAAAUCGAAUCUUAAACGGCUCACUGUUGAGAAUGUUCAAUGAACUCACACCCGAAGAUUUUCCCAGUGAACCUGAAGAUGGAAAUAUGUCAGUACAAAUUUGCGAUAAUUCACAAAUAAUGGAUGUUAGUAUUCCGAGAAACCAAAAUACUGUCACUUUCGAAUCGGAAUUAGAUACUUUUGAAUCAGAGUUAAAUACUUAUGAACCUGAGUUUAAUACUUUUGAACCAGAGUUAAAUACUUUUGAUUCAGAGUUAAAUACUUUUGAACCAGAAUUAGAUUUGAAACCCAAAAUAGAUUUAGAACCCAAACUAGAUUUGAAGCCACAAUUCGAUUCAGAGCCCAAAUUAAAUUUAAAAUCCGAAUUAAAGUCUGAAAUCGUCUCUGAAAAUUCUACCGUUACAUCAAAACUGGUCCUACAUUCAAAAAUGGAAGAAACGUCCCAAAAUUCAAUUUCUGUCAAUACAAUGAACGAAUCAAAAAAUAUGGAUUGCACUCUAAAACAAAUUAUAGAUUCCCACAAGAAUGUCGCAGAUUCUAAGAAGAAACCAUUCACUCUCAUCAAAUCACCAAAUGUAUUCGCUGUCAAAAAGCCAAAAAAGAAAUUCGAUGCGAUUAAUUUUACUUUCGAGAAGGAAAAUUCUCCGGAACCUAAAAUGAAUUACAAGAUUUCUGACGAUUGUCUCAAAAGAUCUGCGUUAAUUUCCAAUUUAUUGAACAACAAGUCUUGCGAUCAAGAUGAUUCUAUGGAGAAAUUUGAACGUCUUAAUGCUUCGUUGGAACGUUACUUAUUUGGUCAGAAACUAUUUAAGGAUAGUGAAAAUCAGGAAAAUUUGGUUGAUGAUAAGACUACUGUUCGAGAUUUACCUGAAGCUACAACAUCGGAGCAAAAAGAUUCAAAAAUCCUUCACGAGAAUGUUUUAAAAACGAUAAAUCGGAAAGAUUGUGAAAAAAAUAGAAUUCGGUCACAUUUUUCUCUGGAACGUUCUCUACAUGUUCAGAAUCUAAUUAGGGACAUUAAGGAUACUGUUACUUGUACAAAAGACAUUGGAAGUGAUGCUGUUCUCAAAAAAUCAAGAAAAAAGGAUAUUGCGGAUGAUAUUGAUUCUCUUAAUUCAUCUUUUGAACAUCUUCGGUUUGCCGAGAGGUCAAUUGUAAAUUUUCAAACCAAUGAAAUUGAAAAUAGGGAACAAAGUGAAGUUUUCAAUUUAUCUGAUUUCGAACCCAAGGAAAAGAAAUUAUCGGAUGACACAAAUGAUGAUAAUUCAUUAUUAGAACUUCUACUAAUUGCUCAACAAUCGGAGGAUAAUAUUAAUAGCUCUGAAAUUUCUGUGCAUAAAAAUUGUGAAAAAUAUGAAACAACUUCAGUGUUGAAAACUGAUAAUUUUAAUAACGAAAAUAGUGAAGAUAUUGAAGGUAUUGAAGAAACAGUCAGACGAAAUUCCAAGCAUGAAGACGACGAUAAUCAAAUUGUAAAUCAUCGUUACAGGAAAAAAGAGAGUAUUCGCAAAUAUUCACAAAUUUACAAAUCCAUUCACAAUGCAAAUGAAGAAAUUGUCACUCAAAGUACAAAUCAAAUGGAAACGGAAAACAUUAAAGAAACUGAUGACAAAAUUGAGAGAAUAAUUCCAGACGAAAUAGAAUAUACAGAUGAAUCUGAUAUGUUCGAUUUUUCAAGUGAAUGUUCAAUGAAUUUGGAAAGUCCCCAAAUGAAAUUAGUCAAAGAAGAGGAAAUUCGAAAAUCAAUUCGAAAAUCAACACUAGAAAAACUUAAAAUGACUGACAAGGAUGAAUCAAUUGAUGAAUUUGAUCUUUUAAUUUCCAACUGUAAACCCCUUCAUGAAAGAUUGGUUGAUCUGGGAAAAGAGGAAAUUGCACGGACUUCAACGCCAGAUAUCGUUGUAACGCCUGGAAAGAAAUUUAGUUUUGGCAUUGAUGAUCUUAUGAAUGAUACUGAUUUGUAAGUUUUAUAAAUGCUAGUCAAAAAAUUUU